AGGUCCUGCAGCCAAUGACGUUGAAGGUGGGCGUGCCCUGCUUAGUACACGAGUGCGAUUCCUCCUAGCUUACGAGCUCCCUCUCAGUCCGAUCUACCUCCCUCCUUCCCGUCGCGUGGAGUCUUCCAUUUAAUUGUGUCAUAGGUCAGAGUGGAGUAAGUGGCAUUACUGAGCGUGGAGUGAGAAUGUCGGCUAACGGGCCCGCUGGAGUUGACUGCACGGACACGAGAGCAGGCGACGGGCAACGUUGUGUAUUUUGUACCAGGACCGAGACCAUGGAUGUGGAUGCCCAGCAGGCUCAGUCGCACAGCUACAGAUACAGUCUCCAAUUCCCCUCCAUAGGGCAAUGUAUCAUCAUCAACAACAAGAACUUUGACAGGAGGACAGGCAUGAAUCAGCGCAACGGCACCGACGUUGACGCGGCGAACGCCGUGAAAGUCUUCACCAAGUUGGGUUACAAGUGCAAAGUUUACAAUGACCAGACAGUGGUGCAGAUGAAGCAGCUUCUGACUGCAGUGUCCAAGGAGGAUCACACCGGCUGCGCGUCACUGGUGUGCGUGUUGCUGAGUCACGGCGACGAAGGCGUCUUCUUCGGCACCGACGGCUCCGUGGAGCUCAAGCACCUCACCUCGCUUUUCCGCGGGGAUCGCUGCAAAACCCUGGUGGGCAAGCCCAAACUCUUCUUCAUACAGGCGUGCAGAGGCACCGAGCUGGACGCCGGCAUCGAAACAGACAGCGCUGACGACGGCGUCACCAGGAUCCCCGUCGAGGCGGACUUCCUCUACGCCUACUCCACUGCACCAGGUUACUACUCGUGGAGGAACACCAUGACGGGCUCGUGGUUCGUCCAAUCGCUGUGCGAGAUGCUGAGCGCGCACGGCCACGCGCUGGAGCUGCAGCACAUCCUGACCCGCGUCAACCACAAGGUGGCGCUGGAGUUCGAGUCGGUGUCGACGGCGCCGGGCUUCGACGCCAAGAAGCAGAUCCCGUGCAUCGUGUCCAUGCUGACCAAGGAGAUGUACUUUGUACCUUGACCACUUCCUUUUUUUUUUCCCUAAAAUCUUUUCAGCUGGCAGCCAUUUCGAUAAGCGUUAUUAUUGCGUUUUUUGUUCAGCGUUUUGUGAUAAAUGCUCACUUUAUUGGGAAUUUUGUAGUAUGUUUUUUUGUUGUUUACACAAUUCAGGGACGUAUGACGCCACUAGUGUGCACCAAACAUGUACAGGCUCGGACAAAAGCAGCUAUCAACUUUGCAAAAGAUUAAUUUUGAUUCACACAGCACCCUCAUUUUCCUUUCUGAUGGUCUUCCAUCCUUCCUUCUUUCCGACCUUCCUUUCUUCCUUCUUUCAAUUUAUCUGUCCCCUCCUUUCUUACGAUCAAUCCAUCCUUCGUCCUUGCGUAGCCCCUUCUUCUUUCCUAAAUUCCAUUCUUCCUUCAUCUCUCCUUUCUUUCCUUCCUUCGUUCCUUCAACCGCUCUUCCUCCCUUUCAUCCAUCCCUCCUCCGUUCCUUGCAUAACAUCCUUGCAUCCUCCUUCACUGCCUUCCAUCCUUCCUUCCUUCUUUCCCAGUACCUUUCAUAUCCUUCCCUCCUUUCAUUACGCUGAUGCUUCCUUUCUUUCCUCACAUGCCAAUCACAUGUCCUCCCAUUCUUCCUUCAAUUUUUUUCCUACCUUCCUUUCCCACCUUCCUUCCUUCCUGCCUUCUUUGCAUACCACCCGUGGUUCCCUCUAUUUCCCAUCCUUCCUUCCUCCCAUCCAUCCAUCCAUCCAUCAUCCUGCCUUGCACAGCAAUCUGUUUCUUGCCUUCCAUCCUUCUUCAAUUUUCCCUCUUUCUUUCUCUCUCUCUCCUUCUUUCCUUCUUAUCAUCCUUCCUUUCAUACCAUUGCAGGCACCUUCAUCUCUCCUUUCUUUCCUUCCUCCGUUCCUUCAACCGCUCUUCCUCCCUUUCAUCCAUCCCUUCUCCGUUCCUCACAUAACUUCCUUGCAUCCUCCUUCACUGCCUUCCACCCUUCCUUCCUUUUUCGCAGUACCUUUCAUAUCCUUCCCUCGCUGAUGCUUCCUUUCUUUCCUCGCAUAUUAAUCAUGCAUCCUUCCAUUCUUAAUUUUUUUCCAACCUUCCAUUCCCACCUUCUUCCUGCCUUCUAUGCAUACUUCCCAUCCUUCCUUCCUCCCAUCCAUCCAUCCAUCCAUCCUGCCUUGCACAACAAUCCCCAUUUCUUGCCUUCCAUCCUUCAAUUUCCCUCUCUCUCCGCUCUCCUUCUUAUCAUCCUUCCUUUCAUACCAUCGCAGCCACCUUCCUUCCCAUCCUUCCUUAAAUCCGUUUCAAUUUGCAAAGACUCUGCCUACUUUUAUCCCGCUGUGUGCAUUUGGCCCACCACAGCAUUCGAUGUUCAAAUCUAAAAACAAAACUGAACAGGCCCAAAUAUAUUUAACACACAGAAUGUUGGUACAGGUUGGGGGAAAAAAACCUUAAAUUUCACUUAAUUGGAACAUCUGCAUCAGUUGCACAUGAAUGCGUUAAACGUCUUAAACUGACGCACAUUAUUUUGAUUAGUUUCGAGGAAAAGAGGCGAAAAUCGCAGGUUUACCACAUUUCAAUCGUGUGCAACUGAAACGGAAGGAUUUUUUUUUUCCAGUGCAAUACAUGAUGAUAUUAAUGUAUCAUAAAAAUAAGGCAAUCCAAGCUGUGAUUUAUGUUUUCACGCACAAUCAGCUUUGUUGUGACAUUGUCAAAACAAAUCUUAAAUUGAAAAAGAUUUUCGCAAAAGGUCAUUCAAUACUUUGCUGCAAAGAUUUCAGUUGAAUCUUUUUCAUUAUUUCUGGUGUUUGAUGAUGUCAUUAAAUCUUAUUUGACUGGACUGACUAUGUUUUUUGAUACAAUUGGAAACUUUUUUGUUUACGGUGAUGUGCUUCAAAAUAAAAGUGUACUUCAGAAAAAAAAAUGUGACUUAUUCCUACAGGCGGACACAGGAUGGUGUUGGGGCAGUAAUAUGACAAUGUAAUAAUAAUUGACAAUCGAUAAGUAUUAAUUGGUGAGUGUGUGUUUGUGUUAUAAUUCUCCAACAUAUUG